UUGUUUUGAGAGUUCGUCUGAAAGGAACGCGUACGAUUCGGAAUAACGGUUCAUAUUUUUGUACAAAACGGAAACUUCUACUGUGCACAACAAUUAAAGAAAUAAAAAAAAAAAACAGUUAUAGCAACAUUGAAUUUGCGGGCCUAUAUUACCGUUAUAUUUACGAGUGCAUCAACUAAAACUAUUUUAACGAAGUUAAACGUAUAAAAUAUAAAAUCUUGCCGAAUGAUUGAAUUAUGCAUGAUCGAGUUAAUUGAGAGUUUUAAGGAUUAUUUUGUUUGUGAACACCGACAUUAUGUCAUCGAUCUCGGCACAAGGUGUUGUUGAACGUGCCUCUGCUGAAUUGUCAAAACGAAUUAACGGUCUGGGACUGCGUUCGAAACAUCAUCAUGGCAGCAGUAGUGGUAGCAGUAGCGGCAGUAGUGGUGGCAAAACCUCUGUAAUGGAACGUGUAACCAACGCCCUCUGUGGAGGAAGUAGCAGUGCUCAUAAUAGUAACGCCGCAGCGGCGGCAGCAGCAGCUGCUGCAGCUAAUAACCAACCGGAUAAACCUUCUCGAGUGCCCGCGAAUACACCACAACAACAAUUAGCCUCGCCAGCGGGUGGAAAUCCGCAUCCAAAUAUGACAUCUAUAACCGGAAAUAUGACAUCAAAUAUGGUGGGCGGUAUUAAACAGCAACAAAACAUGAAUCUAAACCAAAAUGCUGCUCAACACAUGACCGGCGGUGGCGGUGGUGGUGGCGUCGUCGUCGGCGGCGGCGGCCAGAAAAGCCAAACCGGAACUCCACAACAGAUACGGAAACAACUUCCAAAUCCACACUUGCAUCAUCAUCCGUACAGCAGUCAGCAGCAGCAAAUGUUGCUGCAACAUCACAAAAUGCAAGUAGUGGCACCACCGCCUUGCAUUACUACCAUGGACCAGCUCCUGCUAGACGAACGAUUUUUGGGUAAACUAUUUUUGUACUUUAAUCCCUAUGAGAGGCGUACUCUAGCACAAGUGUGUACGCGAUGGCGUGACGUCUUAUAUAGAAGUCCAAGAUUUUGGUCGGGAUUGUUGCCAACGCUGCAGUGUCGCGAAUUACGAAUAGUGCCGAAUCAUGAUCGCGUUAAGCUUUAUAAUUCGUUGGUUCGUCGUGGGUUCCAUGCACUGGCAUUGGUGGGGGCAACUGAUGAGGAUGCACUGGAUGUGGUGCAUUCGUUUCCUUUGGCAUCCAAGCAUAUACAUUCGUUAAGUUUACGCUGUUCGUCGAUCAGUGAUCGAGGAUUAGAAGCACUGUUGGAUCAUCUGCAGUCUUUAUUUGAACUUGAACUCGCUGGCUGCAACGAAGUUACCGAAGCUGGACUCUGGGCAUGCCUAACCCCGCGUAUUGUCUCGCUAUCGUUAGCGGAUUGUAUAAAUAUUGCUGAUGAAGCUGUUGGUGCGGUAGCUCAACUUCUGCCAUCCCUUUAUGAGUUCUCCUUACAAGCCUACCAUGUGACUGAUGCUGCUCUAGGAUAUUUCUCACCAAAGCAAAGUCAUAGCCUAAGUAUAUUACGUUUGCAAUCCUGCUGGGAACUUACCAACCAUGGUAUUGUUAAUAUUGUUCAUUCGCUACCACAUUUGACGGUAUUGAGUCUAUCAGGUUGCAGUAAACUGACAGACGACGGAGUCGAAUUAAUUGCUGAGAAUCUACAAAAACUUCGUGCAUUGGAUCUAUCCUGGUGUCCAAGAAUAACAGAUUCUUCUUUAGAAUACAUUGCCUGUGAUUUAAAUCAAUUGGAGGAGCUUACUCUAGAUAGAUGCGUUCACAUAACUGAUAUUGGAGUUGGCUACAUUUCAACUAUGCUCUCGCUUACCGCUCUAUUCCUGCGCUGGUGUUCACAAGUUCGAGACUUUGGACUGCAACAUUUAUGCUCAAUGCGUAAUCUACAAGUGCUAUCGUUAGCCGGUUGUCCCCUGUUAACCUCAUCGGGGCUAUCUAGCCUCAUACAAUUGCGACAUCUUCAAGAAUUGGAAUUAACCAAUUGCCCGGGCGCCAGUCAAGAACUUUUUGAGUAUCUCAAAGAACAUCUACCACGAUGUUUAAUUAUUGAAUAAUAAUACGCAAUAAUAAAUUAAUUAAAUUUAUACAAACAUUUUAAACAAACAAAAUUGAUUAUUUUAAAAUGAUAUUUAAACUAAAUAAGAAUAAAUCUUUUAUUAUUGUUGACUGUAAAAAUACUGCGUUUAAAAAGAAAAAAAUUAAAAGAACGGAGAUUAAAUUUAAAAACAAAAUUAAACCAAGCUAAAUAAUACUUAUUUCUAUUAACAAACAAAAAAGUUCUAUAGCAAGUAAGACGAUAAAACAAAAAUUAUAGUAAAGUCGUUGUAAUAAAAAAAACAUGAAAAUAUAUAAAAUGAUUUUGCAGUAAAUUUCAAAACAAACAAACCAAAAACAAAAUCAAAUCAAACAAAUUUUAAAUUAAAUAAUAUUUAAAUUAAGAUUUAGUCUAUUGAUUUAUAUUUUAAUAUUUUGUCGUUAAUUUAUAUUAAAGUGUAAUAUGUAUGUAAGAAGUAAAAUUUUAUUAUAUAACUGUAUUUCGUUUUCUGUGAUUUAUGUUUUAAGUUUUUUUUUUUUUUUUAUUUUACACCUCUCGAUUUUUUGUUCUGCUAAAAUUUAAAUAAAAAAAAAUACACACAAAAUAUAUUUAUUUUCUUUUUU